GCGAUCUCCCCAAUCAGUGCGCUCUAACCAUGGCGAUCGUUCGGUACUAUUCUGCUGGAGCCUUUUCCUCGGCGAAGACGGCGGCUAUUCUUGAGUCGCUGAAGGAGGUAAACUCAUCAGUACAAUCGCUGCAGACAGAGAAAUGUUUCUACGUGCAGAACAACCGAUACGAGCAACUGCCGGCCGAUGUGGACCGCAAGCUUCAGUCGAUCCUCAAAGAGGUGGAUGCUGUAGAUCAGUUAACUGGCAAGUCAACGCUCGUGGCCGGUCCGACACAGGUGACGAUCGAGAUUGGUCCACGGUUUAACUUUUCCACCGCAAGCAGCACAAACAGUGUUAGCAUUUGCCAUAACCUCGGGUUGGAGUUUGUUGAACGUAUCGAAGUGGCCACGCGGUACCUGAUCGGACUGAAUGCGACCGUUGGAACGAACGAAUCGACCAUCGUUUCCUCGCUGCUGGGAGUGCUGCACGAUCCGAUGACGCAGUGUCAGUACACGGAGCGAAAUGUGCCGGUGAACGAUUUUUACGAGACAAUUUCGCAUGCAAAGGAGGAGUGGCACUUUGUGCCAAUGCUCGAAAAAGGCCGAAAGGCUUUGGAAGAAAUCAACGUUAAAAAUGGACUCGCGUUCGAUGAGUGGGACCUCGAGUACUACACCAACCUGUUCGUGAACGUGCUGAAGCGCAAUCCGACCAACGUGGAGCUGUUCGAUUGCGCCCAGUGCAACAGCGAGCACUCGCGCCAUUGGUUCUUCAAGGGCAAAAUUUCGGUCGACGGCAAACCGAAGGCCCAAUCGCUGAUCGAGAUGAUCUGCGACACGCAGCGCUACACGAACCCAAACAACACGGUCAAGUUUAGCGACAACAGCAGUGCGAUCCAGGGUUACGAGCACCGGGCGCUCCGUGCUUCAAGCUUCGACGGUCCGGGGAAGUUCGUGGAACGAACCGUACGCUCGGAUUUGAUUUUUACCGCCGAAACACACAACAUGCCAACGGCCGUUUCGCCGUUCAGUGGCGCAACGACUGGCACCGGCGGUCGGUUGCGGGAUGUGCAGAGUAUUGGUCGUGGUGGGCUACCGAUUGCCGGUACGGCCGGGUACUGCGUGGGAAUGUUGAACAUACCGGGGUAUAAGCUACCAUACGAAACCGAGGAAGACUACCCAGGAUCGUUCGCGCGCCCACUGAAGGUACUGAUUGAGGCGAGCGACGGUGCUUCGGACUACGGUAACAAGUUCGGGGAGCCAGUCAUCUGUGGGUUUGCCAUUUCGUACGGCACGGUGCAGUCCGAUGGUCGGCGAAAGGAGUACGUGAAACCGAUCAUGUUCAGCGGCGGUGUGGGGACGAUGGAUUCAGAUCUGGUGGACAAAAAGGACCCCAAGAAAGGAAUGUUGCUGGCAAAAAUCGGAGGUCCCGUUUACCGUAUCGGUGUCGGUGGUGGUGCAGCUAGUUCGGUUGACGUGCAGGGCGACAGUACGAACACGGAGCUAGACUUUAACGCCGUUCAGCGAGGCGAUGCGGAGAUGGAGAACAAGCUGAACCGUGUCGUGCGGGCUUGUAUCGAACUUGGAGAGCACAAUCCGAUUCUCGCGAUCCACGAUCAGGGCGCUGGCGGUAAUUGUAACGUGCUGAAGGAGCUGGUCGAACCGGGCUGUGCCGGUGCCGUUAUCUUCUCCAAGGCGUUCCAGCUAGGCGAUCCAACAAUUUCCACCCUGGAGCUGUGGGGUGCCGAGUAUCAGGAGAACAACGCCGUCCUGAUCGACGCCGGCAGUCGUGAGCUGCUGCAGCGGAUCUGUGACCGUGAACGCUGCCCCGUAUCGUUCGUGGGCAAGGUCACGGGAACGGGCUACGUUACCCUUGUCGAGCGGGAGUUCGAUGAGACCGCGGACAAGCUGGCGGAUCGUUCGAAGUGUACCGAGGAGCUUGCGCAUGUUCCGUUCGAUAUGCAUCUCGAUCACGUGCUCGGAAAGAUGCCCCAGAAGGAGUUCAAACUGGCACGUCUCGACGAGCGGGUGGAUGAAUUCAAACCCGCGCCGGGUGAAGUGCGUCUACCGGAGGCACUUGGACUCGUCCUGUCGGCGGCAACGGUUGGCAGCAAGCGCUACCUAACUAACAAGGUGGAUCGUUCCGUCACGGGUUUGAUUGCGCAGCAGCAAUGCGUUGGACCACUGCAUACGCCUCUGGCCGACUUUGGGCUCGUCGCCGUGUCGCACUUUGCGCGGGAAGGUAUCGCAACGUCGAUCGGUGCCCAACCCAUCAAGGGACUGGUCGAUCCAGCGAAGGCCGCCCGGAUGACGGUGGCCGAGGCACUCUCGAAUCUAGUGUUUGUCGCCAUCAGCGAGUUGGCGGACGUGAAGUGCUCGGGUAACUGGAUGUGGGCCGCGAAGGUACCGGGUGAAGGAGCCAAGUUGGUAGACGCGUGCGAAGCAAUGUGUGCCCUUAUGAGCCAGCUGCGUAUUGCCAUCGAUGGGGGUAAGGAUUCGCUCUCGAUGGCGGCCCGCGUGCACUGCGAAACGGUGGUGAGUCCGGGUACGCUCGUCGUCUCGACGUACGCCCCGUGUCCUGAUGUCACGGUGAAGGUCACGCCCGAUCUGAAGGCUGCCUCACUCGGACGGGACACGACGCUGCUGUACGUGGCGAUCGAAGGGCUUCAGUUCCGGCUGGGUGGCUCAGUGUUGGCGCAGUGCUACGGUAAGCUGGGUGGCGACUGUCCGGACAUUACCAACGCCGAGUGUCUCAAGAAUGCGUUCAAUGUAACGCAGGAGCUGUUGCGCAAGGGCUUGCUGCUUUCGGGUCACGAUUGUAGCGACGGUGGGUUGGUCACGUGCGUGCUAGAGAUGGCGUUUGCCGGCCUCAGUGGUGUGGAACUGAAUCUCGAGCAACUGCUCCCGAAGGGCAGCACGGCCGAGGUCGACGUACUGCGAGUUCUGUUCGCCGAGGAAUGUGGUUGGGUGCUGGAGGUUCAGCAGACGCAUGCCGACGGGGUGCUGAGUGCCUUCCGUCGGGCUUCCGUGCCGUGCUUCGCCAUCGGCAGGGGCAUCGGUGUGGGUGACCUUCAUUCGAGCAGCUCCGUGACGGUGCGAGCGGGAGCGAAAAAGAUCCUCCUUCAGGACAGUCUGUUCAAUCUGUUCAACCGCUGGGAAUCGAUCAGCUUCGAAAUUGAGAAGCUGCAGAAAGCGAAAGCAAGUGCCAUCGAGGAGUACACGGGCAUUGAGCGUCGCACUGGACCGCGAUACGUGUCCAAGCUGAAUCCGGACACGGUGUACGCGGAUCUGAAGCUGAACGCCUCCACCGGGCCGCGUGUUGCUUUGAUCCGAGAGGAAGGAACGAACGGUGACCGGGAGAUGGCUGCCGCUCUCUUCACGGCCGGCUUCGAGGUGCACGAUGUAGUGAUGAACGAUUUGCUCCAAGGACGCACCACGCUGGAUCGAUACCGGGGCAUCGUAUUUCCUGGUGGAUUUAGCUACGCAGACACGCUCGGGUCGGCCAAAGGUUGGGCAGCUUGCAUCCAGUACAACGGUACGAUCGCGCCCCAGUUCGAGCACUUCCGCCAGCGUACGGACACUUUCUCGCUCGGCGUCUGCAACGGCUGCCAGCUGAUGGGACUGAUCGGUUGGGUCGAGACGGGUUUGCAACCGGCAACCACCGCGAAGGACACCGUUCCAGAGAUCGUACUGGUUGGUAACCGGUCGGAGAAGUUCGAAUCACGUUGGGUAACGCUACGGAUCCCGGCGAGUAAAUCGCUGAUGCUACGCCGGCUGGCGGGAAGCGUACUCGGCUGCUGGGUUGCUCACGGUGAAGGUCGCUUUGCGUUCCGGAGCGACGCCACCCGGGACCGGCUAGCGGUGGAGCAGUGCGUCACGAUGCAGUACGUGGACGAUGCGGGCAAUCCGACCGAGGGCUACCCAAUGAACCCGAACGGUAGUCCGCUCGGUAUUGCCGGUGUCUGCUCGCCCGAUGGACGCCACCUGGCCAUCAUGCCGCACCCGGAGCGUUGCGUGCAGAUGUGGCAGUGGCCUUAUGUGACGGCUGAUUUCCCGCUCCGAAACGCGUCGCCCUGGAUGUCGAUGUUCUACGAGGCCUACUUGUGGUGUGUGGGCAAGCAGUAACAACAACGAAAAGCGUCCGAAAAGCGACAAUGCUUUUUAAUCAGCAUAAUUUCAUAGCUGCGUAAUUAUCCUUUUUACUUUAUUUUGUUUCUUUUUCUUGCUCAUUCUCUUAAUGUAAUCUAAUGCUUAAGAUACUUUCCUAAUAAAGCGUCAAGCUCAUGGCUUAAGGAAAAGGGAA